AUGGACCCACUCGACCCAAACUCAUUUCGUCAUAAGUUUUCGAUAGUUAAUGGCAUUACCCUUCACUUUGUAGACGAAGGUGAAGAACGUAACGAGGCAAUAGUCCUCUGCCAUGGGUUCCCAGACUUGUGGUAUGGCUGGCGUUACCAAAUUCCAGUCUUGGUCAAGAAAGGCUAUCGCGUUAUUGUACCUGACCUUCGAGGUUUUGGUCAAACGGAUGCCCCAAGAUGUCCCCCAGAAAAUUUACAGCUGUAUGGUUUUAAGAAUAUAUGUCAAGACUUGGUUGAAUUGACCGAACAAUUGAAUAUUCGAACGGCUAUCUAUUGUGGGCAUGAUUGGGGUGGAAUGGUAGUUUGGCGUAUGGCUCAGUAUCACCCUGAACGUGUGAGAGCUGUAAUAAGCAUUUGCACCUUCUAUACCCCACCGCGCGAUCAUUACUUAAGUGUUGAAGAUAUAGCUCGAGAGAUGCCAUCUUUUCAAUAUCAAAUCUAUCUCUCGCAUCCGAAAGCCGAGAUCGAGUUAGACAGUAAUGUCGAAACCGCGCUCAAAGCAUUAAUACGUAGCAGUAAAAAAGAAGAAUAUUUUAAAUUGUUCGAUGGUAAAGUAUACCUAGGAUCUUUGAAUAAGGCGCCGAAAAGUGCAUUUAUCUCGGAUAAGGAAUUAGAUUAUUAUAUUGCACAAUACAAAGCUCGUGGCUUUCAUGGUGCUUUAAAUUGGUAUAAAACUAGAAAAGUUAAUUAUCAAGAUGAAAAAGGUCUACGAAGAGAAAUAAACACCCCCUCUUUAAUGAUUACUGCCGGUAAAGACAAUAUCCUCAAACCUGAAUUUGCCAAAGAUAUGCCUAAAUAUUGUUCGGAUUUGGUGAUUGAGCAUGUUGAGGAAUCUGGACAUUGGAUGAUGAUUGAACAACCACAAAAGCUUAAUGAAAUUAUAACAGCUUUCUUGGAUAAAUUGAAAACAAGAACUGAUAAGGCUAAAAUUUGA